AUGGUCAAAUCGACUUUGAUAUACCGUUAUGAUGCACUCCCACUCUGUGGAUCAGUAGACAAUGCAGCCGACCAGGCGUUGAACGAACAAAAGAAAAAAUGCAAAAUUAUCAUAAGCAGAAUCACUCCCAAUUCGGAGCCACAGGCGACCAUCGAAUCUGGUGACUACAACAUCCAUUACUUGAUUCUGAACAACAUUAUCUAUUUGACGAUCUGUGAGAAGUCAUAUCCCAGAAAGUUAGCUUUUCUGUACUUGUCAGAGGUCAGUAAUGAAUUCGAACACUCGCACGGCAGGGAGGCAUUGAGCAGCACUGCAAGACCGUUUGGAUUCAGCUCAUUCGACAACUUCUUGAGCAAGACCAAGAAGAUUUACCAGGAUCAGAGAGCACAGUCCAAUCUUGACCGUCUCAACACAGAUUUGGCGGAUGUUAAGAAGGUCAUGACGAAGAAUAUUGAGGAUUUGUUGUAUCGAGGUGACUCGUUGGACAAGAUGAGUGACUUGUCUUCGAGUUUGAGGAAUGACUCCAUCAAGUACAGAAAGAAGGCCCAGCGAAUCAAUUUCGAGGCUAUGAUCAAGCAGUAUAUUCCGAUUGUGGGUGCUGGAUUGUUUGUAGUGUUUGUUAUCUGGUUCAUGUUUCUCCGCAGAUAA